CUGUGGCCGCUCCUGCUUUCCUGCCCGCCACCGAAGCCAGCCGGGCCGCACACCCAGCCCCGCCCGGCACCCCGUGGCCUGCCGAGCUCGCAAGGGGCUCCCCAGGUUGGCGUGUGGGCCUGGCGCUGCGUGAUGGAGACGUGCCCUGAGCCCGGGAAGCGGGGUGCAGGCUCGGGGCUGGUCCGCCGACAGCCCCCUGCGCCCCGGGGCCUGCUGGAGACGCUGAAGGGCAGGCUGGGGCGGAGCUGUGCGUGCAGCAUGCCGUGUGCCCGGGCGCUGCUACAGGACCUGGUGCCUGCCACGCGCUGGCUGCGCCACUACCGCCCGCGGGAGGACCUGGCCGGCGAUGUCAUGUCGGGGCUGGUCAUCGGCGUCAUCCUGGUCCCGCAGGCCAUCGCCUACGCGCUGCUGGCCGGGCUGCAGCCCAUCUACAGCCUCUACACCUCCUUCUAUGCGAACGUCAUCUACUUCCUGCUCGGCACCUCGCACCACGUCUCUGUGGGCAUCUUCAGCCUGCUGUGCCUCAUGGUGGGGCAGGUGGUGGACCGGGAGCUCCAGCUGGCCGGCUUCGACCCCUCCCAGGACGGCCUGGGGCCCGGGGCCAACAGCAGUGUCCUCAACAGCUCGGCGUCUGUGCUGGGGCGGGACUGUGGGCGGGACUGCCACGCCAUCCGUGUUGCCACCGCCCUCACGCUGGUGGCUGGGGUGUACCAGGUUCUGAUGGGUGUCCUCCAGCUGGGCUUCGUGUCCACCUACCUCUCGCAGCCACUGCUGGACGGCUUCGCCAUGGGGGCCUCCGUGACCAUCCUGACCUCGCAGCUCAGGCACCUGCUGGGCGUGCAGGUCCCUCGGCACCAGGGCCCGGGCAUGGUGCUCAGGACCUGGCUGAGCCUGCUGCGCAGCACCGGGCAGGCCAACGUGUGCGACGUGCUCACCAGCGCCGUGUGCCUGGCGGUGCUGCUGGCCGCAAAGGCGCUCUCGGAACGCUGCCGGCACCGGCUGAAGGUGCCGCUGCCCACGGAGCUGCUGGUGAUCGUGGCGGCCACGCUGGUGUCCCACUUCGGCCGGCUCCAUGAGCGCUUCGGCUCCCGGGUGGCUGGCGACAUCCCCACUGGGUUCAUGGCCCCACGCGUGCCAGACGCCUGGCUGAUGCAGCGCGUGGCCCUGGACGCGGUGCCCCUGGCCCUGGUGAGCUCUGCCUUCUCCCUCUCACUGGCCGAGAUGUUCGCCCGCAGCCACGGCUACUCCGUCCGCGCCAACCAGGAGCUGCUGGCCGUGGGCUGCUGCAACGUGCUGCCCGCCUUCUUCCACAGCUUCGCCACCAGCGCCGCCCUGGCCAAAACCCUGGUGAAGACGGCCACCGGCUGCCGGACGCAGCUGUCCAGCGUGGUCAGCGCCGCCGUGGUGCUGCUGGUGCUGCUGGCGCUGGCCCCGCUGUUCCGGGACUUGCAGCGCAGCGUGCUGGCCUGUAUCAUCGUGGUCAGCUUGCGGGGCGCCCUGGGCAAGGCGAGGGACCUCCCGCGGCUCUGGCGGCUGAGCCCGGCCGACGCGCUGGUCUGGGUGGCCACCGCGGCCACCUGCGUGCUGGUCACCACUGAGGCCGGGCUGCUGGCCGGAGUGCUGCUGUCCCUGCUCAGCCUGGCAGGCCGCACGCGGCAGCCACGGGCCACGCUGCUGGCCCGCAUCGGCGACUCCGGCUUCUACGAGGACGCUGCGGAGUUUGAGGGCCUGGUCCCCGAGCCGGGGGUGCAGGUGUUUCGCUUCGGGGGACCGCUGUACUGCGCCAACAAGGACUUCUUCCUGCGCUCCCUGUACAGCCUCACGGGGCUAGACGCCGGGCGCUGGGCCGCCAGGAGAACGCGGCGGGGCGUGGGCCUGGACGCGGGCGCAGGGCUGGUGCCCCAGCCGGCCGGCUUCCACACGGUGGUCAUCGACUGCGCCCCGCUGCUGUUCCUGGACGCGGCGGGCUUGGCCACGCUGCAGCAGCUGCGCGGGGACUAUGGGGCCCUGGGCGUGGCCCUGCUGCUGGCCUGCUGCAGCCCCUCGGUGCGGGAGACCCUGCGGAGGGGCGGCUUCCUCGGGGAGGCGGCCGAGGACGAGCAGCUGUUCCACAGCGUGCACGCCGCCGUGCAGGCCGCCCUGGCCCGCCACUGCCCCCAGGAGGCCAACUGCAGCGUCUAGCGGGCGGCCCCUCCCGCGUGAGCCCAGCAGGCGAAGGGACUCCCGCUGCCCGAGCUCGGAGGCGCCCGGGGCCCUCCCAAGCAGGC